AUGCAUGUGUUGCCGGGACCACCGCCACACGUGUUUUGCCGCUCUGCUGAGGGGGCCGUUGCGGACGACGGGGUGCAGGACCGGUCACAACACCCCGGUGGUCUCGCAGCACGCUUGCGUGGGCCUCCGCAGACGGAGAAGCUGCUUUCUCUUUUAGCGGAAACCCUCGUGAGCGACAAAAAGAAUGAGAAGGAACAAAGUAGUAAGAGAAAUCAGUCUUCGCCCUUGCUGUGCAGCAAUGGAGAUUUGGACGACGGACUUACUGUUGGGUGUACGACGCCGUUGAUCGACGCGGAUUUUCUCACGCAAGAAGCUUUCUUGAAUGAUUUAUGUUUGUUUUUGGCUUCUGGUAAGCGUUCUAUGGAGGGAGUCCCCGCCGUAGAAGCUCCAUUGGCGUUAUGUGGCAUCCGAAAAGGGCAGAACCGAAAGGCAUGUAUGCUAUUUUCGCGCCUUGCACGAAGUCAAUACUGGCGUCGAAAGGUGCUUCUUUCACUGUUGCGCCAGUGGAGGCAGAAUAGUGGUCAUGCCUUCUGUAAAGCGUUGCUGCUGCAAACCAUAACAGACACCAUUGCUGGGGAACUUUUCUUAGUAGUGCCGAGUUCGGAGGAGCGCGUCAUGCUGGAACAGCCCACAGAAUCGUCUAGUUGUGAGGUGGCUGCAUCACCAAGGUCCCACCUCCACCUCCAAGUUAUGCAAGAAUUGGAGGAACUUGUUAAGGAGACUGGUUCGUUCCGAGGAAUGUGCCUUGCUGUAGACAUAACUCUACGGAGGAGCUCACAGCUUUUGGUGGAGCAGGUGCGGCGAAUUGUGGGGGGAUUGGAGAAUAAGGAUGGUGAUACUGCACUUGAAGGGCACACCCUAACGAUAAUAGAAUCCGCGGUUGACGCUACCCUGUGCAAGAUGUGGGAGGAUGUCUUGGCCUUUCUUUCUCGCUGCGUGUCAGAUGCUAGAGAGCCGCUUCGAGAAUCUUUGUGGGUGUUCUUGACUGCGCUUGCCUCCAGCUACGCGGGAGCUCUCAUUGCGUUAGAGGGGGAGGCACCGGCGACGAACGAAGGUGCCAUACAACUGCGCGCGCUACGCAUGUUUGUUGAGAAGAUACAAAGAGACUUGCUAGAUUAUUUGACGCUGCGCCUCUCCAAGGACCGCGUUGCCGCCGACGAGUCACUCAUAACUGUACACAACGUGGUUUGUCACUACACUUUCUUCUGGAGGGCGGCCAUGGAGGUGGAGCUCGUACCUGACCUGCUGCCUCCUGCCUUAUCGUCGAAGCCGGCUGUAUUGGCGUGGGCACGUCAACAGGCUUCUACCGUGUGGGGCCGUGCAAUGCGACUCGUGCAAUCGCUUGUGUUUGUGCAGGAGGCAGCAGAGGAGGCGCCUGGCGCCGAUGCAGUUACCUCUGACAGCCGCCGGUGUCAGCGCCAGCUGUUGGAGGAGUACGUCGAACGCCUCUCUGUUCUGCGGUUGCCGUGUCUCAGCGGCACCAAACGAGCUCGCACAGUGGAGGAGGGGGUGGAGGAAGUGGGAAGUGAAGCAGCUUGGUUGGCGUAUACAACGAAUUUCUUCCUGCGGACAUAUCACCCAAGUUGCUUCACGAUCCUCUCCCUGGUACAACAGGACAACCUUGUUGCUUUGCUGCGCGAGCUGCACGCCGUGAUUGUUAAUGAGGAUCGCGAGUCGAUUGGACUCUCAUUGGAGAAGGUUUUGCCAUCACAUGACGGUCCCGUGGCGGAGGCAAGGGAAGUGCUGUUGCAGUGGCAUGUAAGGCAUGUGCAGAAGAGAAUGGUGCGGGCACUGAGCGAAGAAGCACCACUGCUCAUGUGCCUCCUCUGUGCGGUGUUUACCCUGUUGGAGCGUGUGGGAAAGACGAAUCUUAACAUCCAUUCUAUCCUUGCUGAGACACUGUUGCCGAUGUUGGUGAAGUUGUGCGGUGGCCUGGAAAGUCGUAGCGGUGUUGAGGGUGAUGACGAUGAUGAUGCGGAGAAUUACUUCGAGCAACAACAAUCUCUCACGACGCUAAUCGCCUCUGGUUUUCUUUCAUUGCCAUGGGAGCUACGUGGGUUGCGGCUACGUCUCCUUCUACAUCGAGUCAUUGGUGCGAGUGUGGUUGAUUGCUUCUCCGCCGAGGAGGCCCUUGCUGAAGUGGACCGCAUCUUUGCACUGUACGCUGAUGGACGACAGACGCCAGAGGAAGCUGCAGCUGCGUUGUGCGGUGACUUGACGUGCGACCCAUUCAUGCAGCUCCUGGCCGCCGAGGGUGAGGCGGCGACGAAGACAGAUGCAAUAGAUGAACUUCUUCGCCGUGAGGCGCCUGUGCAGUUUCCUGCGCCGUGCGGGACGCUGCUAUUGAUGUCUGUCUUCCGCACGCUUUCCCUCCGCCUCCUGGAACUUCGUGCAGAGUGGGAGCAGCAGGAAAAGUUGGCGGGUGAGGGCACAAUGGACUACUUGGGUCGACAGUCCACGUACUGCACGACAAGGGAUAUUGUCAUGUUUCGUUUUCUGUUACAGAUGGUUCACCGCAUGGUUUUUGGUUUUCAGCUUCAGCCAGUAGGAUUGCUGCGCCUUUGGCUCUCGUACUUGGCUCACCUCUUCACCCACAUCGUCCCGCCCCUGACAGAAAAUGAUGAGGUCGUCCUCAUGGAGCGAGCUACAAGACAGGAGGGGACUGAGAAGAGUUGCAGAUAUGCGUAUCGACGCUCGUCGGCGGAGUCAUCGCAAGGGGAGCUGCGCGCUGUCCUGGGCGAGUUGCUCGCAGACCUUGCCUUGAUGCCGCUCGUCGACGGCGAUACUGCUGUGUCCUGCCCUCCAGCAUUGCCGCAUCGACCUGGAAGCGAGAAAUGGCGGCAUGGGCAGAGCCAGAAAUCACGGGAGGUUCUUCUGCUACAGCGUGUCUUACCUGUUGUGGUGCUUGAGGAGUUGUGUUUCGUGCUGAAGAUUUCCACAGAGAAGGUGAGUGACGAGGGGACCAGGCCGGAACUCGUGCGCCACGCCGGGAAAAUGACGGAGAAGUCCUUCUUGGGGGUACUUGGCGUUGUAGCAUUCUGCCAGCGCCUAGAGCUUUUUGUGGUUCCGGAGUCCAUUUCUGACCGACGGUUCACUGCCCUCCUGCGUCUUCUCUGGUCUGCGGUUGGGGCGAGCUCUACGAUGGGGUCAACAUGA